AAGUACAACUACAAGAGAGCCCUCUGUAAGGAUCCUAAGUUCUACCUAGUAGAGAAUAUUAAAGCUAAGUAUAGUAUCCUAGACAAAGACACCUACAAUUUUAACAAGUCUAGGUUUAUAAUAAGUGUUAUAUUAACAGGAGCUGUUGUUACAGGCUUAGAGCGUCGUAGAAGACUAAAUACAGUAUAGCAGGGCGACCAAGAGUAGAC